GGCUAGCUGCAUGGAUUUGCCAUCUUAGGGCUGGAAGAAGGGGGCGGAGGCCCUUCGGGGAUUUUGUGCCAAGUGGGCCGGCCCGCAAAGCUGGCACUCCGGAGAAACGAGCAGAACAGGGGUGGAAGAAGGCUCGGGGGCCAUCGCUGGGUGCUGAGACGGUGGACAGACAGCAGACUAGCAGUGCCCCUCUGUGGCGUCCUCCAAAUUCCCCAAAGGUUGAAAUCUGGAUUCUUUGGGCUGGCUGGUAUUCAAGACUCACCACAGUCUCACGCAGCUCUGCCGACUCUGCAUCAGCUUCCAUAUUCCCACCAGUGGCGCCUUCACUGACCCCAGGACCAGCUUUCCCCUCUUGCCUUACAGAUUUUAUCCUAAUGGCUGACUCGAAACCACUGCCCUCCCUUGAUGGGGACCCGAAGGCUGCGGAGGACUGGCUUCGUGAUGUAUUUGAGAUCAUUGUGGACGAGGCCAUUCAGAAAGGGACAAAGGCUUCUGAGAAGGUCUGCGAGUGGAAGGAGCCUGAGGAGCUGAAGCGGCUGCUGGAUUUGGAGCUGCAGAGCUGCGGGGAGGCACAGGAGAGGCUCCUGGAGCGUUGUCGGGCUGUGAUUCACUACAGUGUCAAGACCGGUCACCCACGGUUCUUCAACCAGCUCUUCUCAGGGUUGGACCCCCACGCUCUGGCCGGGCGCUUUAUCACUGAGAGCCUCAACACCAGCCAGUACACAUAUGAGAUCAGCCCCGUGUUUGUACUCAUGGAAGAGGAGGUGCUGAAGAAACUCCGGGCCCUGGUGGGCUGGAGCUCUGGGGAUGGGGUCUUCUGCCCUGGUGGCUCCAUUUCUAACAUGUAUGCCAUAAACCUGGCCCGCUAUCAGCGCUACCCAGAUUGCAAGCAGAAGGGCCUCCAGGCGCUGCCACCCUUGGCCAUCUUCACAUCAAAGGAGUGUCAUUACUCCAUCAACAAGGGAGCUGCUUUUCUGGGACUUGGUACUGACAGUGUUCGAGUGGUCAAGGCUGAUGAGAGAGGAAAAAUGAUCUCUGAGGACUUGGAAAGGCAGAUCAACCUGGCAGAAGCUGAGGGUGCUGUGCCAUUCCUGGUCUGUGCCACGUCUGGUACCACUGUCCUGGGGGCCUUUGACCCUCUGAAUGCAAUUGCUGAUGUGUGCCAGCGCCACAAACUAUGGCUACACGUGGACGCUGCCUGGGGUGGGAGCGUCCUGCUGUCACAGACACACAGGCAUCUCCUGGAUGGGAUCCAGAGGGCUGACUCCGUGGCCUGGAACCCCCACAAGCUCCUGGGUGCAGGUCUGCAGUGCUCUGUGCUUCUUCUUCAGGACACCUCGAACCUGUUCAAGCGCUGCCACGGGUCCCAGGCCAGCUACCUUUUCCAGCAGGACAAGUUCUAUGAUGUGGCUCUGGACACGGGGGACAAGGUGGUGCAGUGUGGCCGCCGGGUGGACUGUCUGAAGCUGUGGCUUCUGUGGAAAGCACAGGGCGGGCAAGGGCUGGAGCAGCGGGUUGACCGGGCCUUUGACCUUGCCCAGUACCUGGUGGAGGAAAUCAAGAAGCGGAAAGGUUUUGAAUUGGUCAUGGAGCCUGAGUUUGUCAACGUGUGCUUCUGGUUUGUGCCCCCCAGCCUUCGAGGAAAGCAGGACAGCCUGGAUUACAGCCACAGGCUGUCUCAGGUGGCCCCUGUGCUCAAGGAGCGCAUGGUAAAGGAGGGCUCCAUGAUGAUCGGCUACCAGCCCCAUGGGGCCCGGGGCAACUUCUUCCGCAUGAUCGUGGCCAACCCCAUGCUGACCCGUGCAGACAUAGACUUCCUCCUGGACGAGCUGGAGAGGCUUGGUCAGGAGCUGUGAGCCUUCACCUCUUGUGGCUGCCUAGAUGCUGUCCUUGCCCCUCCACGUCUCUGCGUUAUCUCUUGUGCUCUCCAAAACAGCCUUUCUAGGGGCUGGUGAGAUGGCUUAGUGGAAUAAGUCCUCCCCUGGCAAGCGCAAAGGCCUGAGUUCAAUCCCCGGUUCUGCAAAAAGCAGCCUUUCUAGGAAACAAAGUGACCUUAACUAUGUUUAUAUGCUUUGACCCACUAACUCUUAAUUAUGCACUUGCUAGUAGGAGAAUGUUUAAAUAUAGUAUGUCCAUAUGAUGGACUGUUACUCUUUCAUCAAGAUAUUUACAAGAGAAUUUUUAUUAACACAGGAAAAAUAAUAUAAUGUUUUAUGAAAAAAAGCUGAAUAUAAGACUACAUACAGUGAAAAUGGAAAUAUAUUGAAAACAUAUAGAGAGGGACAGGUAUGCUGGCACACAGCUGAACCCCCAGCCUCUGGAAGGCGGAGGCAGGAAGAUUUGAGCAAGAUCCUGUCUCCAGAAACUAGGAACUAUGCCAGAAUGUUAACAGUUUUCCCUGGGCUGGAAUAAUAGGCAAUUUUAAAAUCAACUCUGUAUCUUUUGUGCUCCUCUCUUGUGGUAUUUAAGGAAUAUGAACUACUUUGUAAUAGGAAAAUAAUAAAGUUAAAAUUUCUUGUA